AUGUGUGGCAGAUUCGCAAACGCCCAACCCAUCCCUCAAUACCGGGCGGCGGUGCAUGACGAGCUCCCGGACUACCAACCUCCCACGCCUGCACCGGAUGCGGACGACUACACUCCAUCACACAAUGUCGCCCCGCAAACACGCUCGCCCGUCGUCCGCCGGGAGCUCUCGUGGGAGCGCGAGCGACGACUUCGCACCGUCAAGAACCCCUCCGCUGAAGACCGCAAACAUCAACUCAUCAUCCAGACGAUGAAGUGGGGUCUCAUUCCACGUUUCCACAAGACCCCUCCCAGCCACGGCGAGGCGUAUCGAACCAUCAACGCGCGCGACGACACCAUCCUGUCGCCUCAAAGAUCGAUGUGGCACACGCUACUGCCCGCUCAGAGAUGUGUCGUGUUCGUCCAGGGCUUUUACGAGUGGCAGAAACGCGGAUCGGGCGAAGGCGAGAAGGUUGAGCGCAUUCCGCAUUUCGUCGGCAUGUCAGAACCGGGUCAAGGGCGAGAGGAUAAGAGUGGGCAGGGAAGGAGGCUCAUGCCCCUCGCAGGACUUUGGGAGCGCGUGCGCUUCGACGGAGAGGACAAGCCGCUGUACACAUUUACGAUCGUUACGACCGCAAGCAACAGCCAGCUCGGGUUCCUGCACGAUAGAAUGCCCGUCAUCCUACCCGACGAAAAGGCUAUUGCGACGUGGUUAGGCUUGGACGCCGAGCCAAAGACGGAGGCAGAUGUCAAAAAGGGCGAUGACGUGGAUGACACCUGGAGCUGGGAGGUGGCCAAGCUGUUGCGGCCGCUGCAGAGCGAGUUGGAGUGCUACAAGGUGCCCAAGGAGGUGGGCAAGGUGGGCAACAGCGACCCGAGCUUUAUCCUGCCGAUCGAGGAGAGAAAGGACGGCUUGAGGGCGUUCUUCAACAAGCAGAAGCAUUCGAAGACGGAGCACGCUGACGACGAGCCUGCAGCCGCCGGCAAAUCUGAUACAUCUGGCGCGGUCAAGCAGGAAGACGACUUCCACACGCAAGACAGCGACUCGCUGAUGCCUUCGUCCGGCGACUCACAGGCACUGCUAGCAGCACAGCAAGCGGAGGCAGAAGCAGCCCUUGCCGAAGUAACAGCACGAGCCGAGCAGGAAGCGCAAGACCGAAUGCUGGCGGAGAAAAUGCAGCGCGACUUUGCAGAACAGCAGGGUGGGGCGGACAUGACUCGCAGUGAGUCGAUUGUCAACAUUGGCGAGUCAUCAGGUUCAGAAUUGUCGUCUCAGGAGGCUGUCAAGACGCAGGACAACGACUCGAUCGAAGGUGACGAAGUCGGCGAUGGCUUUGGCGUGCCUGAAGGCGAGGAAGCCGCAUCUGACACUGAAGAUGCAACAUCGAGCAGAACAAGGAAGCGAGCUGCUCCAACGCACAGCCACGCACCGAGCAAGCACGCACGCACAUCACCAACACCAGAGCUAGCCACGGAGCCAUCCAGUCGCUUCUCACCAGACCCCUUCAAUCCGCCUCUCUCGCCGCCUCGCCCGAAGGGCGGCUACAGCCGGCGUCUCAGCCCUGCCUCUGGUGGUGGCAUCCACGUCAACGCACGACGCGGCAAGUCACGCGGCAAACCACACGAGCCUUUCCCACAAGCGCCGCCGCACACGUGGAAGAGUCCACCGAAGAAGGAGCGCGGUCCGAUAGAUGACAUGCUGGCAAAGCAGAGGGAGGUAGCGGAGCGCGAGAGGAGGGACGAGGAGCGCGCAUGGAGGGCUUUGAGUCCGACACGAACACGGCCGGAGGCGCAGGGAGGGAAGGGGAAGGAGACGGGAGGGUCGCCCGGGAAGAAGAAUAAGGUCUCAACAACAACCAGCCCGGGUAAGGACAUUCGGUCGUUCUUCUCACCGCAGAAGAAGGCUCCUUCGAAAACAUGA